AUGAAAACAGUGUCUUCUAAUGAGAUUGAGUUGACCAAUCUGCGUCAAGAAGUGGAAUCAGCGCGCAAAGCCGCUAAGCGUGCUCGUCUCUCGGCCCGUCAACACAAACGCCAAAAGUUAGCUCUGGCUUGCGAACUCGAGAGGCUUUUAUCUGUGAGAACGGUGAGCUGUAUAAACAAAAGGCCGCAGCAUCUUGGUCUUCAUUCCUCUAAAUAA